CUUGUCAGUGUGCACCAAAGACAAGGGGAGAGGGAGAACAAGGGAGUAAUAGAGUAUUUUUUUUUUCUUUUAGAAGUUACAUGUCUUCUCUUCAUCAUCUUUCAGCCAUAUUCUUUUUUAUUUACAGCAGAACACACUGUUAAUAUUUACACCUACUCUGUUGUGGACUGGUUAAGAAGUGUGAAGUUUAUGUGCUGAGGGUUUUCUGCUGUUUGACCUAUUAUGGAGAGAUGUCCUCAUGAUUCUGGAGAGGUAACAACAUACCAUGAUGAAAGCUUUCAGCUGUUUGAAGUGGAACAGCGACUACAGCUCACUCAAAAGGACCCUGAGGAGGGAGGCAUGGAGGCUGAAGAGAUGUUGCCAAGCAUGAAUCGGCAGCCUUUUUUGUCUGCAUUUGCAUUAGAGGAAUUUGAGUUCCCUGCCAUCAUUCAACUAAAAGAGAUGCCCCUUUUCCCCAAGUGGCACCUACCUCUAAAGCUUAUGGCUGUUUUUUUAACUGUGACGUUUGUGUACACAUUUCUCCGGGAUGUCCUGCAGCCUUAUGUGGCUCAGAAUAAAAAUGAUUUUUACAAGAUUCCCAUACUGGUGUUAAAUAAAGUUCUACCCUGGACAUCAAUCACUCUUCUGGCACUUGUCUAUCUACCUGGAGGGUUGGCUGCUCUACUACAACUACACAGAGGCACUAAAUACAGCUCUUUCCCAAUUUGGCUGGAAAAUUGGAUGGGUGUGAGGAAACAGUUGGGUCUGCUGGCCUUCCUUCUGUCCUGCCUACAUGCCAUUUACAGCCUGAGCUACCCAAUGAGACGAUCAUACAGAUACAAACUCCUCAACUGGGCCUACCAGCAGGUACAACAGAAGAAUGAUAACGCAUGGGUAGAGGAUGAUGUCUGGAGGAUGGAGAUCUACAUCUCACUGGGAAUCCUAGGACUGGGCAUUCUGGCCUUAGUGGCCAUCUCCUCCCUACCUUCUGUUAUGGAGACUCUAAACUGGAGAGAGUUCCAGUGUGUCCAGAGAACACUGGGACAUGCAGCUCUGUUUUUGUGCACAGCUCACGCUCUGGUGUAUGGCUGGAGGAAGUGGGUGGAGCUGAAGCACUAUGUAUGGUACACACCACCAUCAUUUAUACUUGCCUCCUUCCUCCCAGGCAUGGUGUUACUGCUCAAGGCUGUGUUAGCCAUGCCCUGUUUUAACAAAAGAUUGGAACGCAUUCGACAUGGCUGGGAAAGACCCGGGCGAAAGCAAUUAACAGACAAGGACUCACUCUGACUCAGUCUUAGCAGCAUAAAAUUUUAAAUGUGUGUUUCAGGAAUGUAAGUUUUAAGUCAUGAUUGUUUUUCACAACUUGUGAUUGAUGUUUAAGUGGUUUGUACUAUAAUGCAGCUGCACAUUGAAGUAUGAACAAAUAUGAGCUCUCUUUUAUACUUAUUUUAAAAUAAGUAUAUAUUAAUAAUGAAUAAGUAGUAAACAAUUGAAAAAUAAUUUAGUAAAUUUAUGUAUAUUGUUAUGAAUUGCAUUGAUCUGUGUAAAAGGAAGAAGGAAAGCACUCUUUUGUGACUGAUACAUGAUUCUCUGUCAUGACUUCCUCAGUAAGGUAUCACAAACAGAUUCAGAUAUCUUGCAUUCCUUUUGGCAUAUUUGUUAGCUGCUUUGUUUAUUGUGUCUCAUCGUUAGGUCACUCUUGAAAACUGCAUGUGAAAUGUGAUAAGUGGGGGAAAGCCAUGCUGUCCUAUUAUACACUAUUGUACUAAAUAGCAGCUUUGCAUAGUUACAGCAAUGGUGACAUUUACCGACCUGCUAAUUCGACUAUUUAAUGUAUUUAGAUCUUGUAUGGUAGUAUGUAAACAAUAGAAUGUAAAUGCAGCGUUUGUUUUGAAAUCUACAUUUACAUUCUCUGCUUAUUAAAGUUCUGAUAAACUAUGAAGUUUUGCUAAUGAUAUAAAUACCUUGCCUGGUCAUAGUAUUAAAGCACUAUUGUAUAUCAGGGGUGUGCAGCUGAAAUUCUACCAAGGCCUCUUCAGCAUUUUUGUGAUACUUUAAAGGGUGACAAAAGGUUAUUAAGAUAUAGUGAUAUAUUUACGGGGAAAAAAACUCCUAAAAUAAUCUGUUAUAAGAGUGUAUGUGCUCUUACUUGAGACAUGUAUUUAAUAAAAUUAUUAAACUGAUUGCAUGAACUAGUAUGCACUAAUGUCAUAACU